GGGGGAGCACGGCAGUGAGGGGAGGGGAGACACGGGGAGAAGCAGACAGACACAGGAGCCGAUACCAUGAGCUGCUGUUGAUGUCCAUGUCUGUCUCCUGCAGAACCAUUAUUGUGCUCCAAAUACGACAGCCAUUAUGGACUUUGAAAAGGAAUACAAUGAAACCUUAAGUCCACCAAGUUGUCCCCAACAACUUCUACCAUGUGACUACAAGGGCAUUAAAGUUGAGGAUGUACAGAUUGGAGAAGUCCCAUCUCUCCUGUCCUUUGAGCAGAAACUGUUUAAAUCGGACCCUGAUUCUGUAAAUCCUGAAAUUCAUGCCACAGAAAUGACAAGUUUGAAAAAUAAGAUAAAACCUACAAUUAUUGCAGAGAUGCCAAAAGUCAAUGUGAUGAGACAUUUUCCCAGAAAGGCAAAUUACAAAAGGAAAGUCCAUUAUGAAUGCUCAGAUUGUGGGAGAACCUGCAGAGAUAAAUCCAACUAUUUACGUCACAUGAGGACCCACACAGAAGAAAAACCUUUUGUCUAUAUAGAAUGUGGAAAAGACUUCAAUCAAAACUCUCAACUUGUGAGGCAUAAGAGAACACACAGUGGGGAGAAACAACAUGCCUCCUCGGAAUGUGGGAGAACCUUCAGCCAGGAUGACCAGCUGGCAGAACACAUGUGGGAAGAUAUGCCAUACAUGUGCACAGAGUGUGGAAAAUGCUUCAAAUGGAUGUGUAAAUUGGUGGCCCACCAGAAGAUCCACUCAGGUAACCGACCAUUCCUGUGUAUGGACUGUGGAAAAUGUUUCAGCCGCAAGGAGCACUUGAUAAGACACAGUAAACUCCACACAGGGGAGAAACCCUUCAUGUGUUCAAAGUGCGGAACAGGUUUCGCUCGAAAAGAGCACCUGAUGCGACAUAGCAAGGCUAAGAACACUGAGUGCGCCGGGUACAAGAAGAAAGUGUCACUCAAAAUUCAGGCUACUGGGAAUACUACAAAAUGGAGAACAAAUACUAGGAGUGCCAAUAAGGAACCUGACCCGGAUAAAACUAUUAUAAAGAUGGAAGUCAUGUCUGAUAUGGUAGAAGAGAGUCCGUCUGAUAACUCUGAAAGGAUCAGCACUCCUGUAACUGGCUCUCAAGAUGGCGAUAAUAUGAUACCUGGGGACAAGCUUCCAAAUGGGAUCAAGCAAGAACCUGAGGAACAAAAAAUUGCUUUUGAGCAUUACAAAUAUCUGGAAAAUUCUGUAUUACUGCCAGAAAAAAAUGACUAUGGCUUCAGGGGGCAUUCACAGAGUAACCUGAGGCAGAAAGCCAGAAUAGAGCCCCAGAGAAGGGUGUACAUGUGUAUGCAAUGUGGCCAAGUCAGCUGCAACAAGUCCAACCAUCUGCGACAUGUGAAAACGCACAGCAUAGCGAAGCCCUUCACGUGUAUGGAGUGCGGGAAAUGCUUUGCUCACAAGUGCCGGCUGGCUAUGCACAUGAGGAUCCAUACAGGAGAAAGGCCUUUCUCGUGCACGCUUUGUAAUAAGACAUUCUGCCGCAGCUCCCAGCUUUACAACCACAAUCGGACCCACACUGGGGAGAAACCUUUCCCCUGUAAGCAAUGUGAGAAACGUUUCAGUUCCUACUACCAACUCGUCAUCCAUGUUCGGGUUCACACUGGGGAAAGACCCUUCGCCUGCUCAGAAUGUGGAAAGUCAUUCAACGAGAAGAAACACCUCCUGAGGCAUAAAAGAGUCCACUCCGGGGAGAGGCCUUUCCCAUGCCAGACCUGCGAAAAGCGAUUCAGCCGCAAGGAACAUCUGGCUCGACACCAGAAAGCUAGGGGGAGCCAGUGCCAUCAGAACCAGACCAGGGGCGACCAGCAAAGAAAGACAGGCCGGCAAGUGGUUCCAGUCACUGAGGGUAUCAAGCAGGAGAGGAACGAGGCCUGCUCCCCGGUGUACCUGGGUGAGGAGUACUGCAGAGCACUGUUCCGCCAGGAGGUUCAGAGAAACCCGGAGCUAGUACAGGGAUCCUUUGGUAAACCCUCCAUCAUGCAGGUUGCUCCAAAUCAGUUACAGCUGGCAGACAGGCGGUACUCAGACACCAGCUCCUCGGUGUGUCCAGAAAGGAAAGAUAAGCUGGGGAGGAAUAAUCUGACAUGGAGUCUGUUUGUGUGCAGUAUUUGUGGGAGAGGCUUCAAUAAUCGACCAAACUAUCUGCGCCAUCAGAGGACUCACACGGGGGAAAAGCCCUUUUUAUGUACAGAGUGUGGAAAGCGUUUUACCCAAAGCUCCCAGCUUGUUACCCAUCGCAGGAUCCACACCGGGGAGCGUCCUUAUCAAUGCUCUGAGUGUGGUAAGAGCUUCUGUCAGAAUUCCCAACUAGUUACACACCGCAGGACCCACACUGGCGAGCAGCCAUAUAUUUGUGUGGAAUGUGGGAGAAGUUUUAACCGAUACUCGCAGUUUAUGAUCCACCAUCGAACGCACACUGGGGAGAAUCACUAUUCCUGCAAUCUAUGUGAGAAGAAAUUUACUCGGAGCUCCUGGCUAAGCAAGCACAAGCUGACCCACACUGGAGAGAGGCCGUACAAGUGCACGGAGUGUGGGAGCUGCUUCAAUCAGAAGGAGCACCUACUGAGGCACCAGAGAGCACACACUGGGGAGAGACCCUAUCCGUGUUUACUUUGCGGGAAGAGAUAUGGUCGCAAAGAGCAUCUUGUGAGACACCAGAGGUUCCAACCGGAGUGUUCCAAGUCCAACGCCGGUGGUAUUCUAAAUAGUUAAUUGUGUUGUUUAUUGUGUUCGAUAAUCUGCUUACCUGGCAAAAUAGAAGGAAUGUAAGCAGUGCCGCAAUAAAAUACAGCUGUCCGUUUUAAAACUAACCCUGAGUCUUUUAGUGUAAUCAUUGAACUGUGCAUUUCACUGAUUGCUCAUACGGAGAUCUGAUUGGUUCGGCUAACACCAGCCAUUAACAUAGUGUGUAACCUUAAAGGGACACUAUAGUCACUACAACAACUUUAGCUUAAUGAAGCAGUUUUGGUGUAUAGAUCAUGUCCCAGCAUCUCACUGCUCAAUUCUCUGCCACUUAGGAGUUACAGGCCUGGCCGUGACUCACACAGCCUGCAUGAAAAAAUGGCUUUUGUAGCUGAAUAGACACUUGCCAGCUACGUUUAUUCCCUUAUUUGGCUGUCCGUACCUCCCCUGUUACAGUACUGUGUCUUUUCCCCUGUUAUUUCGAGUGGUUCCUCUUUGGCCGUUCGUCAUCCCAAAUGAGGACCACCCCUUUGCCCCAAUUAGAACGUUGACACCAGCCCCUUAAGUAUGAAAACCGCAAGGGAAACAAUGAGUGCUUCCCCUGGGUGGCCGCCAUUUCCUAUAACCGAACAUGUGGCAGAAAGAAUGGCGGCCAUCUUGUCUUCCAAAUGAGUGCAGCGGUACUUGGUCCUCGAGUGCCUGGAACUCUUUUCGGCUAGGAAGGACAAAACAAAAGAGACCUGGAAGCCUGAGAGGAGCACUCGGAGGCAAGGGGUUAACCCUUAGGGAACUACAAAAGUAGUAUGCACAGAAAGGA